AAAAAAAAAAAAAAAAAACUCUAGAUAUAAACUAUACAACAAGCGCAUUGAAUUGCGUAGAAAUGUAUUUGGUGUAAUUAUUUUUUUUUUUCUAUUUUUCGUUUUUACCCACCUAAUAAUACCCCCCAAUUCCCAAAGAAAAGGUCAUCAGUUACAUUCGACUUUCAUUCCAAUCCCGAAACCCCACUGCUGCUGUCUCCUGUCGGCACCACCAUUGUCUAUUGCUGCACUGCCCACGCCCGACUGCCGUAUGCGGCACUAGCCACCGGCGGUCCCUCUGCCCUUCUCUCCAAUUUCCAUCAUUAAUUGGACCAUUUCUCUUCUUCUUUAAGAGUUGCAAAUGGAUAGGUAUUUUAAAAGACUUGCUUCCGAAUCACAUUUUUCUUCUAGUUCAAGGUCUGAAAUUUCACCAAGUUCACUUGCUGAAACUCAACAAACUGAACAUCAAGCAUCAUGAAACCCAAUAUCAUAUUAUAAUGUAAAUGAUCAUGAUGAGAUAAGAAACGCUUAUAUUCAAAGAGUUUCAUAUCAACAUCAUGAAAAAUUUUAUCUGCAAAUAAAGCAUGGAUCGACAUGUCGUUUUAAAGAAGAGUGGUAUCUUUAGUAUUCUAAUUGGUUAGAAUAUAGUCCUAAAAAUGAUGCUUGUUAUUGUUUGUGUUGUUAUUUAUUUGCAAGUGAAAUUGAACUUCUAGUUUCCAAGGAGGAGAGGCAUCCGCCAGUGUUGGUUUUAGGACUUGGAAUAAUAUUAAAAGAUUUGAUACACAUAUUGAUGGCGUAAAUAGUACUCGUAAUAAAUGUUUAAAAAGAUGUGAAGAUCUUAUGAUGCAAAAUCAAUCCAUACAAGUUGCUCUACAUAAACAAUCGGAGCAAGGUAAGAUUGAUUAUAAGAAUCGUUUGAAUGUAUUUAUAUAUAUUGCUGGUGUAAAUAGUUACUCAUAAUAAAUGUUAUUGCUUUUGUUUUUGGAUUACCUUUUUGAGGUCAUGAUAGUGAAACAUCCAUAAAGAAAGGUAAUUUUCUUACUUUCUUAGUGUUUUUUGCUAAAAAAAUAGAAGUGUUGGUAGUGUUGUUUUGAAAAAUGCUCCUAGUAAAAAAAAGAACAUACUCAAAAUGUGGCAAAACUUUAUCCUGAUGAUUUUGAUGAUUUGGCCAUUGAUUGUCUUAGUUUUGAGUUAGAUGCUUUUGUUGGUAAUUUUUCUAGCUGAUGAGAGAUUUUUAAACUUAGCUACUCUUGGUGAUCUCUCUAAAACGUUGGUUUGUACUGAUUUGUAUAAGUCGUGCCCAACUUUUUUUAAGCUUUUGAAGUUGGCGUUGAUUUUGCUAGUAUCCGCUGCAACUAUUGAAAGAAUGUUCUCUGCAAUGAAGUUUAUCAAGACCGACUUACGCAAUAAAAUUUGUGAUGAGUUUUUGAAUGAUGCUGGUGUAACUUAUUUUGAGUGUGAUUUGUUUCAUAGUAUGUCAAAUGAUGACAUUACACGUUGCUUCCAAAAUAUGAAAACACGGCAUGGGCAUUUGCCUUAAUUUAUUCGAUGGUGAUUGUAACUUUUUUAUUUUAUAUUAUUGACAUCACUUCUUUUUUUCAGGUUUCGCCAUUUUGUAUAAAUGAUUAAAAGUGACUUUAUCAGGUAUGGAUAGUUUCGUAUAUUAAUAAUUUGACCAAAAAUACUUUUUCUAAAUGACGAUGUUGACUUGCACGGCUACGCUACACGAUUUACGCGUGUGUAGUAAGUCCCAUGUUGAUGGAAAAACUAUAUCCAUAAUUAUCCGUCUCUUUCAAUUUAUCUCUGGUAGCAAACUAAGGGACAAAAGGAAUCCACAUCGAAAUUAAGGGACAGAAGGAAUCCACAUCGAAGAAUUUGAGAGAAGUUGAUUUACCUAUAAGCUUGAUGAGCUACUCCUUCUAUUACCAAUUGAUUUUAGAUGAAAACUUAUCGGACUUGUUUGCAGUCAUCUCUCUGUUUCUACUGGUCUUGUUGGGUGUCUUGUUGGGUAUAAGUUCGAUGAUAUAUUUAACAAUAACAUGUUAAUUAAAAGCUCUCUUACAAGAGUUUUGAUAUGAGUGGGAAUGCUCUAUAGCCGUUUAGGGUAGUUGGUAGAGUUCUUAAUGGUUGAAAAUAUUCAGAACUUCCUUAUUAUUUUAUGCUGCAAAAUCUAAUGUCACUUUUCUUCCAAAUAAUAGGUCAGCCAUGAUAUCAUGAUUGUUUUAGCACUACUAUAUAUAAUGUAUGUGUAUUCUAAUGCAACAUGUUACAUGAUUUGUAUUUUCCCUUUACUAAGAAGCCAUGUUUGAUCUUUUUCAGUUCUUACAUUCAUCACUACUUAUCCUUGUAUCAAUUCUUCUACUCUAUUUUGUCAAAAUCUUCAUCUUCCAAACAGCUCCUACAAAAGAUAAUAAUCAACCUAAAGCAUAUCCUCUAAUAGGUCAUUUCAUAGCUGUUUACCAGCAAAAGGAUAAUGUAUUUCAAUGGCUCACUAAACUCCUCAUCUCUUCCCCAUCUUCCACCUUCAUUCUCCACCGUCCAUUGGGUGUCAAGAGCAUCCUGACCGCUGAUCCUAUCAUCGUUGAACACAUCCUCAAAACUCGCUUCUCAAUCUACCAAAAAGGACCUUUUCAAAAGGGUGUUCUUAGAGACCUUUUAGGUGAUGGAAUAUUCAAUUCUGAUGGUGAGACUUGGAAAGUUCAAAGACAAAUUGCUAGCUAUGAAUUCAACACUAAAUCAUUAAGAACAUUUGUACAAGAUGUUGUCGAAUUCGAGCUCGAAAAUCGUCUUAUACCAAUUCUUUUUAAGGCUGCCAAGAAUGGAACAGUUCUUGAUCUUCAAGAUAUACUCAAAAGAUUUGCUUUUGAUAAUAUUUGUAAGAUAGCUUUUGGGUAUGAUCCUCAAUAUUUAUCACCUUCUUUACCAGAAGCUAUGUUUGCAGUAGCAUUUGAAGAUGCUGUAAUGAUAAGUUCUAGAAGAUAUCAAUCCUUCUUCCCAAUUCUUUGGAAAAUUAGUAGAUUUCUGAAUAUAGGGUCUGAAAAAAGGCUUAGAAAGUGUAUUGUUGAGAUUCGAAAAUUCGCUAAUAAUCUUGUUAAGCAAAGAAAACAGGAGAGGAUGAUGAAUACUGUUUUAUUUGAAACAAAUGAUUUACUGUCAAGGUUCUUAAAAUCUGGACAUUUGGAUGAGAAAUUUGUGAGUGAUAUUGUGAUUAGUUUUAUUUUAGCAGGUAGAGAUACUACAUCAGCAGCUUUGACAUGGUUCUUUUGGCUACUUCAUAAGAACAAAUCAGUUGAAGAAGAGAUACUAAAAGAGAUUGAUAGUAAAGGAAAACAGAAGAAAAUAACAGAAAAUUUUUCAGUUUUUGAAGAAACAAAAGAAAUGGUUUAUAUCCAUGCUGCAUUGUGUGAGACUAUGAGGCUUUACCCUCCAGUUGCAGCUGAUCUUAAAGAGGCUAUGGAUGAUGAUAUCCUUCCUGGUGGGAUAUAUGUGAAGAAGGGUACUAGGAUUACUUACCACCCUUAUGCUAUGGGAAGGUUAGAGAAGAUUUGGGGCCCACAUUGGCUUGAGUUCCAGCCUGAGAGGUGGUUGGAAGUUGAACAUAGGAGUCUCAAUAAGGAUCCCGAAGUUGUUCAAGACGGCUCUAAAGUGGAAAGGUGGAAGUUUGUGCCUCGUGACCCGUAUUCUUACCCGGUUUUUCAAGCUGGACCUAGGAUUUGCCUUGGUAAAGAGAUGGCUUUCUUGCAAAUGAAAAGGGUAGUUGCUGCUGUUUUGGAGAGGUUUCGGGUAGUUCCAAUGGUGGAAGACGGGUUUGAACCCGUAUAUGUGCCUUUGUUGACAGCAAAGAUGCAAGGUGGCUUGCCUGUAAGAAUUGAAGAAAGGAUCCCAAUUUGAGUUGCUCAAGUUUGACUUCUAAUAAAAACAAAAAAAUUUAAUUUAUUUUUCAUGAAUAUUUUUUUAUUACAUGGUAGGUUGUCAGAAGUAAAUGAGUAGGUGAUAAAAAUGAUAUUUAUUCCACUUGAAUCAACAACAUAUGCUCUAUUCCCAUAAUUCUUCAAAGCACAUAUUACAUGAAAUUUAGUCAGGGAAUGUUAUAAUAAUUUGAUGGAAAGCAAUGUGUGAACUGUGAAGUUCAAUUUAGGGGGUGGUGAAUGGUGAUAGUAAGAUUUUCUUAGAUUAUAUGUAUUUUAAAUUAAUAGCAUGAUAUGAAGUGUGAAGUAAAAUAUUCAUAAUGAUCUUAUUUCAUUGAUGUUUGACUUGUAUGAUAAGAACUACUUCUAUUAAGUUUUAAUUUGCACUAAUUAAUCUAGUUGUGGGCCCCGUUUUUUAAAAAUGCACUUGAUUAAUAGUCAUGAUCUUGUUUCAUU